AUGGCUUCACGCGCUCACACUGCCAUCGUUAUCGGUGCUGGAAUGUCGGGCCUCUCCUGCGCGCGUGCGCUCGUCGAGGCCGGUGUCGACGUGCUCGUCCUCGAAGCCCGAGAUCGCAUUGGUGGCCGGACGUGGACAUACCAGCAUCCGGUGCAGGGCAAGGACAAGCCACUACACUUUGACCUUGGGGCUUCGUUCAUUCACGGAAUCACGGGCAACCCGAUCUACGCUCUUGCGAAGAAGAACAAGCUCCCACUGUACGUCAUGUUCGAUGGCGAUGGUACGCCAGCCUCUACCUUCUCCUCGACUUUCUCGCCUUCCUCGAGUGAAUCAUCCUCCGCCUCCACUUCGACGACCGCUUCUUCCACAUCCUCCUGCUCUUGCACCACCAGCUCAUCAUCCGUCUCGUCCCCCUCGACGGCUUCCGAUCUCGAGCGCAGCGAGGGCGUGUAUGGACCUUCCGGCCCGCCCCUCGAGCACAAGUUGGCGCAGCGACUCAACUUCAACGUCACGCGUGCAUUCUUCUCCGACUCGUCGACGUAUGCCCAGGACUCGCCGAACGAGGUCCCAUCUCCGAGCGAGUCGCUGGGCGGGUGGAUGAAGGACGCAGGGAGGUCGUCGCUCUUCGCAGGGCUCGAGAGCGAGAGAGACAGGGCGUAUGCCCUCGCCCUUGCCGAGUCGUGGGAAGGCUACACAGGAGCGAGGCUUGACGAUGUCUCCCUCCGCUACUGGCACAGUGAGGUGACGUUCCGUGGGCCUGACGCGACGUUCAUCGACGGGUACGUGGGCAUCUACUCGACACUACACGCCGACAUGGUCAAGAGCAAGCGUGGCGAGGUACGGCUCGGCGAGAUCGUCGAGGCCAUCGCCUUGUCCGACGACGAGGAGAGUGUGUGCGUCACCACCCGGGUAGGAGGGAGUGAGAUGACGUACACGGCCAGGCAUGUCGUCUGCACCCUCCCCCUCGGUGUGCUGAAGCACGCCCCACCGCGCUUCACACCACCGCUCCCCAAGCGGCGACUCGAGGCGACUCGCCGCCUUGGCCACGGUCUCCUGAACAAGAUCAUCGUCUCGUACCCUCGCGCCUUCUGGCCUGACACCGAGUACUUCGGCUUUCUUCCGUCCGCGCCGAGCGAGGCCUUCCUUCCUCUCCUUAAGGACCGCGCGAUGAUGGCCCAGAACCUGAACGUUGUGAACGGACAGCCAGCCCUUCUCUUCUUCAUGGGCGGCGCCGCCGGCGAGGCACUUGAGGCCGUCUCGGACGCGCACGUGCGCGAACACAUCCACAAGAUCAUCGCACACCACUUCGGCUGCCACACCACGUCCGUGCCUGAACCUGAGGCUGUCGUCGUCACGCGCUGGAACUCGGACCCCUUCGCCCGCGGUAGCUAUUCCUACCUCCCUCCAGGGAGCGAUCCGCAAGACUUCCGCGAGCUUUCACGCCCUCUCUGGAACGACCGCCUCCUGUUCGCUGGCGAGGCGACGGAUCCAGACCAUUUUGCGACAGCUCAUGGACCGUACAUUACCGGCCAGAGGCAGGCGCAAAUGGUGCUGAAUGCGCUCGCACUUGAGGAUCUGGAGGCAGAGAGUUAG